UGGUAGCUGCAUCACAGGUGCCGUUCCGUAUCGAAACUUUCGUAUGCUCAUUGUUCUGCGCUGAUAUACAGAAUCACGGUCUAUAUGAUACGCAUUAAAACGUUGCAUCACCUGGAAACACCUCGGAACAGUUCACUGUUUUCAACGAUAGGUACCAAAUUUGCAACGUUCGCGAAAUUCGGUACGCAGUCACGCGCACUUCGCUACGUGUUUCUGUUCCUCGUAAUCAAGUACGCGACCCUCGGCUACUCUAUCCGUCGUUACUGGAACAGAAAGCGAAUCAGCGAGGCUGAUCCCACGGAAUGGACACUGGGCAUCUCGUCGCAAAAUGUCAGUUGGUCCGCAGGAACCCACACGGAUAAGACAAAGAGACAAACAGUGUUAGACAGCGGUGGAAAAACUGCGGAAUACGCAACUGAACGGAGUAAGCGAGACCCAAGUGACGGAUAAACGAUUCUCGAGAUGGUGGGAUCUCAGAUUUCAUCCACGUGAAAGCUGAAGAAAUGUUUGAGAGCAAUUGAAGCAUAGUAGAAAUUAUGUAUUACGGUGCGGUGCGCGAGCAAGUCUCCGAAAGCUGGUUGCAUACAUAUGACUUAAGCAGUACAAUGAUCCCUAAUGUCAGUUCGCCAAUGAAUGAUGAGGAGCAUUUUUGCAAGUUAAUCUUAUACAAAGAAAUCAAGGAUUCAAGGGUACGAAUAUGGGAUGUUGUCAUAUUGAUACCAAAUUUGUUGUUCCUCUUAUUCAUCGGAGUGAGAUUUAACAGAGCACGGCUUAAAUUGAGAGCAACGAGUAGUCCAAUAUUUUUAGCAUUUUACGGACUUGUCAUUUGUAACAUAGUAAUUUCAGUGAUACGAUGUGCUGUUUCAAUGACUGUAAAUGUAGCUGCUACGGUUGGUGGUAGAGCUGACAAAGUGCUGUGGGUUACAGUUAGAUUUUUCUUGUUGUCCACAGAAAUGAGUGUACUGAUUUUUGGUUUAGCUUUUGGACAUUUGGAUAGUCGCUCAAGCAUUCGUAGAGUGCUACUUGCCACGUCGUUUAUAGCACUCGCUUUUACUAUAACUCAAGGGGCAUUGGAAUUAGUUUUACCUGAUGAUACAUUCCAUAUUCCCAGUAAAGAUUUCUAUGUGUUUGGUCAUGGGGGUAUGACAUUCUGGUUCUGUAGCAGUCUUGUUUUCACAGUAAUAUAUCUUUUUAUAUUAAUACUGCCAUGGACGCGGUUAAGAGACCGUUUAACUUUACCAACAAGAAAAAGUUUUUACAUCUAUGCUGGUACAUUAGCCACGCUAGACUUAGUACAGUCUGUUGGCGCAGGUUUUUUAAAUUAUACACAAAAUCCAGUAGGAUUGUGUAUCGUGGACUUCACAGCAGCUGUCUAUCUGACUCUGUUCACGCCAUUGGUCUAUCAUACAUUCCUAUCAGAAUUUUUCGGGGUUUCGCAGCCUUCAAUCAUGUUCUCCUAUAAGGCUCAAGUAGAUGAUGCAAUGGAUGAAGACACGGUGUCUCUACCGCAUCAGCAGAGUUUCUCGUCGCUAAAAACAGACAGCGAUUACAUAUACCAGAAUCACAGCGUUUACGAUUCCACGCAGUUCGACACGAACUCGACGCCAGUGAAUCCUCUGUACGCAGCGUCUCUGCAAAGCCCGGAUAGCAUAACCGGUUACAGUAUAGACAGCCAAGAGGGCCAGACCCAGGCGAACGGUUACCAACAAUGAGCAGCUCGAUCCGACCGGGAAACAUUUCUGAAGAAGCAAUGGAUUCGCUGAUUGUCCAACACGAUCAAUUCUCAUUCCCUGAGAAGAACAAGUGGAGCGAUUUCCACUACGAGAACCAGCGAAUAAGGAAUAAGGUUACGAGUCAGCGUGGAACGGGAACCAAGCAUCCAUCGGUACGAUUCCACGGGAAGAAUCUAGUCGCUCUCGAGACAAUUCUAGGGCAAUAACAUCGAAGAAGUACUUUUUGUUUCCCUGUGAUAGAUGGCAUCGAGGUGGAAGCUAUUCAAACAGUCUGCGACAGAGAUCCGAGAAAUGUUCAAUCAUAGCUUAAGUCGCUGUCCGUGCGUGUCCUGGUAUUAGACCGACGGAUUUUAUCCGUGUACACGUGUAAUCCGAGAUUUCACUUAGCGUUUAUGCUACAUGCUGUUCUGUUCGAUUGAAUCGAGCACAGGUUGCGAGCUGUAAUUUAUGAUAGCGAACAGCUUCGACCUUCGAAUCUCUAUGCAGACAAACAUGGUCUACAAGAAAUUAUGAGAUACUCAAGCGUGGCAGAUUAAUUAAAGAGAUUUUUAUUUUUCGUUAUGAUUCUGGAAAUCGAUAUUAUUUUCUAUGAUGAUAUAAUUCUGUUAUAAUUAGAUACGCUAAGGGACGAGAUUAUGAAAUCUUUAUUUAAGAACUUUUUCCGACGUUAUUUGACUCACAUUUACUUCGAUAAGAUUACGUUAAGCUGUAUUCAGAGGAGUGAUUUAAAAGAUUUGUGUACGAUCGGAAACGUGCGAUGAUUUUGAUUGUUCACCAAUGGUUGAUAAUUACAAUCAGUAGAAAAAAUCUGCGCGCACCUUUUAAAAUAGAAUAAUCUUCUUUUCAAACUGGAACAAAUUACUUGAAUUUUUGAAAUGUUAGAACUAGGUAAGACAGUGAGUAAACAAAUUUUUGCAAAAAUUAAAAUUGGAGUGACAAAAACAUAAUGUUUUCUCAACAUUCCGAACUUCUCAUAUCCGAGCCUGUAUCAGAAAUUUAACACUAAACGUACCGAGCGCCAAAAGUCUCAUCUUUUAAAAUUAUAAGAUUGCGCGAUUAUUUAGACUUAAAAAUUUAGUCAAUCAUUUUCUAAAAUAACAAACUGGAAACCGGUCGUUUGACCCGCAAUGGUACGUUCAGCCUUGAGCAAUGCGUUUUGAAAAUUUUAAAAAUUGAAAAAACAUCAUCUAGAAAUUGUUUUGUCGUUUGAACCAACUGCAAUUUUUUCAGAAAUUUCGUUACUUAUUGUUUAGUAAACUAAUUCUUCUAACGUCUGAACAAAAAUUCAAGUCAUUUGAUCAGAUUUUAAAAAAAGUUAUUCCAUUUUAAAUGGUGCACACAACUUUUUUAACUACAAGUAUGUGAGAAUUUCUAUUCAGUUUUUAUAGACAACAUACAGAUACGUAAACAUUGAAAUUGCGAAUUUAAUUAUAAGAUACGGGUGGCGACCGGAGUUCUAUUCGGUACUUAAGAGAUUCAUCAGGAUGAAUGUUUUGUAACGUGAUCUGGAUCGGAUUUGCGGAAGGACACCGUCGAUCGAUGGCCGUGUUGCGUUGGUUAGCCGGCAGCUAAGGUUAUUCUAUAUUUCCAUCGAGUAUCAUCGGUUGAAUUCACUUCGGGACACUUGCUUAUCGUUUUCUCCGUCCUCUUCACCAAAGAGACCCGCCUGGAACUGUGGGUCGAUCCAGAAGCGAACGAUCGAGCACGAUCCGCGCCGAAUAAAUCCCCUCGCUAUUUUCCUACUUUUGCAUUGACGGAUCGCUAGAACGACGUUCCGACGAAUCGGAGUUGUUGGAGAUCAGGAAAUAUGUUCGACAUCAAGGAGAGAAAAAGCUCUUCAAUGCUCCGCUGACUAUUAUGAAGACUCCAUCCAUCGUAUACAACGUGCCCGGCUUAAACACACGCGCUAUUUGUCUCUUUGAUUUGUGGUAAACGCGAUGGAAAGUUUCGCAGGCACAUUAUCUCAUUCCCAAGGGAACUGCUGAUGGAAUAUAUCAAAAUUUCUCCGAUUGUUGUUCAUAAAAAUAUUGUCAUCAACGUAUUUUUUUUUUAAGAAAACGAAACUACAGGGGAGCCUCUGUCAGUCGAAUCGGGGAGACGUCGAAAUCACCGAAGAAUUUCAAGCGUUAUGUUUUCGCGAAUCAGAGAAAUUAGAACGUGCGCAUGGUUAAGCCGGCCACAUUGUAUGUAUAUACACCCUGUACUCUAGUGUAAAGGAUAUCGUGUUAUUUAUAUAUUAAUAUAUACAUUAUAUUUAUCGAUAUUGUAUGUCCGUACUUGUACCGUGCUAGCUCGGCCGGACGGGAGUCCGGCAUUUUCAAUUUGAUACGUAACGAAUUAGGAGAAAGCGGCGCUAACGGAAGCAGUUGCGUUGGUUCGUGGAUACUGUGAGGUGUUUUCAACGAAAGUAACAAUGUGCCACGGAUUAGCGAGACCGUUCACGAGGAUGCAAUAAUCCGUGAGGGAGGGGGGAAGCGAGGUAUUUGCGAAGAGAAACGAGCCAAAGGCCUUGGGGGUUUUGAAGACAAUGAAAACAACACAAUAACUUUUUGAACAUUUAUUAAAGCGAUCGAGGUUGCGUCGAGGAGGCUAUCGCUCACGAAUGGUAGAAAGCGUUCGCUAAUCCGUAGAUCAUUGUCUCCUAAAAAGAAAGACAAUUAAUUGAGUCAAUCGACACCCUUAAGUGUCCCAUAUCGAAUUACACGGUGCUCCAGGGAUUAAUGAAUCGGCGACUAUCAACUAAACUGCGAAGUUCCAGAAAAUUGGCUGUCAACGUUUACGAAUAUCGGUUACGAAUCCGUGAAGCACCGCGCCGUACAUUGAGGUAUUCCGAUUCGUUUAAUCCUUCGUUCACCACAUAAUUUUUUUACGGUUUGUAACAUUUUCCCGUGAGAAGCCGUGAAUUUCUCGGAGAAAUCUCGCCGAAGUUCUCGUUGGGACUCGACCGUGCUCCGAAGAAAAACGGAAGGGUGUUCAGUCUCGAAUAUCCAGAGGAUGGGAGGAGGAUCGUUAUUAACGGGAUCUCAGAUAUUUUUUAACGUCCGAGACAGUCGGACUUGUAAAUACGAUAACGAGGAGAAGCAAAAUGGUUUUGGUCGUCGUGGCGCAAUGAGCCCCACUGUCAAUUUUUUGCGAUCGGUUGAAUCACUUCGAAUCACUCGUAAUUGUACUCUACAGGCUGAUUAUCUUGUAACUCUCUGACAAUGUGAUCCUCUUUUGUAAUUGUCAGCUGGGAUAAGUAAAAGGCAAUACGCGUAACACGAUUAUAUAUUUAAUGAGAAUAAAAUUACAUUUCAAUCGGA